UAUCAUCACGUGACUUUUAGAGCUAUUUAGAAUCGUGUAAGGAAAAAUAAUUUCAUUCGAUCUAUUACCUCUAUCGCAAUAGACCUGUAAACUGUUCACCAUGCAAACAGAAGCAGAAUUCCCGUACAUCAACAUUUACUUGUCCAUGUGUCAAAGCAUCUCCGGCUGCUCAGACACAGAGGAUAGCAUGCAGAAUAGAGACCAAAAGGUUCCACAAGUUCCAUUUAUGACAAACCAGAGUGAUAUAAUGAUGAGUGGUUUUGACAGCAUACUUGUCGACGAUUUGAGUAUGUUGGAGCCAGUCUCUGAGAUGUGCAGUAACACAACAGCAUCACACGACCAAGUUUGCGUGCCCGAUAGCCCAAAAAGUUUUACGGAUUUAGAUACACAAUUUUAUCCAGAGCAUGUGCAUAUUAAACAGGAGAAACAAGAACCUAUGGAUUUUCCUCCGUGUGAACAAUUAAGAUCCCAACAGCAUUUAAAUGCGCAUGUCCAACCACCACACCAUCUUCAUCAGCAAAACAGCAUGCUGCUGAAAGAUGACGAAUCUCUCUCCCGACUAGUAUUUGGUGUGAUGAAGCAAGACAUUGAACACAUAUGUGGCAUCCUCAGGAUAAAUCAGAAUCCCCGAUAUUGGAGCCAAGAUGAUGUCAGGAAGUGGCUGCAGUGGCAGUCACAGGAGUACUGCCCAAAUGCCAUAGAUGUGAAUGCAUUCAAAAUAAACGGGCUCGAUUUCUGCAACCUUACACAAGAAGAUUUCAAACGUAGAACACCUGCAGCGUGGUCCAACAUCUAUCACCAGCUUGAUAUUUGGAAAAGUGCAUGUACAUUAGAUACACCGUGUAUGUCGCAGACGACAGAUUUCAACUGUAACCAGCAGUUUUACCCUGACUUUGAGCGGAUUCCUAUCCCAGCCAUGUCUCCUUGCCCAAGUGUGUCUAGUGAUGACAGCGAUGAACGGAGCGACAACGACGAAUUCUCGAACAUUUGCGGUGUAACAUCACCUAGCCUCCCCAAAGAAACUGAACAUAAACAGACGAUACAUUUGUGGCAGUUCUUGAAAGAGUUGCUCCUACACACAGACAAUUUUUCAAAUUGCAUUAAAUGGGUCAGUCAAAAGGAAGGAAUCUUCAAAAUAGAGGACUCCUCGAGAGUAGCAAAGCUAUGGGGAAAGAGGAAAAACCGUCCAGCCAUGAACUAUGACAAGCUUAGCCGGUCAAUCCGACAAUAUUACAAGAAAGGAAUCAUCAAGAAGACGACACACUCCAAAAGACUCGUCUACCAGUUCUGUCAGCCCUACCUGUGAUGACGUCAUGAUACGUCGUGUAUUUUGAUGACAGCACCCAUUGUCGUCAGUCAGGUGACCAAACGUGACUAUUUCUUACGGUGGCUUGCUUUACCGUGCCAGAUCACAGCAUCAGAACUAUCUCGGUUGACUUAUUGACUUUUGAUGAGAUAUCCUUGACACUGAUUUGGAAAGGUCAGCGCGAACAAGUCGUCUGCCCACCGUGGGCUAGCCGAAACUUACCAGUGUGUGGUGUUCUCGAUUUCCUGCUUUGGGUACAAGACAUCCACGUGUAAAACAGUGUAGAUCGCCUACAGUACCAAUGAACACGAAAAUGAAUCAAGUCCUCGACGGGAAAUCCGAUUUUGUUUCUCUCAUUUUGUUUAUAUUUAUUUCCUAGUCCUUUUAUGCCUUGAGCAUGACACAAACUCUUCAUAUCUGAUGUUAACAUAUUUCUCUUAUUUACAUGCUUCAUAUGUUAUGUCUUUGUGUCUGUAAUACUCAGCUAAUUGUCUGCUGCAGUUAUGGAUGCUUCGCGAAAGUUAAAAAAAAUGUAACACUUCUAUUUUAUCUCUGAAAAGAAUCUAUUUCUCAGUUAGUUAAAUUUUAUUUUAAAGAAAUUCUGGAUAUGAGUAAAAUGUUUCUGAUUGUCUUCCACUAUCUCACAUUUAAAUGCUUUUAACUGUAAAAUGGCUUCCAGAUAUACAAGUAUAUAUAUUGCAAAAUGGCUGAAUUAAUUAUGUAUAUAAUCAUUGACACAAUUUCCAUUUUUUCAUUUGCAAACAAAUAUAGUGUAUAUAGCACAUUAUAUUUUUACUUUACUAUAGGAAGAGGCAUGGUUGAAUCUUGUCUAGGCGUGUUAUUGAUUAAUAGUUAUACAUCGGGGUGCUUGUGUAUGAUAGAGUCAGUGCUGUGUGAUAAGUAUGCUAUGGGGAGACUGUUUGAUAAUUGUGAUAUUGUGUUAAAGUGUUUAUGAUAGUGAUUUAA